ACUUUUUGCUUCUCCCAGCCUCGUGAUAAAUGAUGGACGGAUAUGCUAAAGUGGCGCAACUGAUGGCAAGUCAGGAGGAGUUUGCUAUUUUUCGGCGUUUUCGAGCUCUCAACAUAAAGAGACUUCUUUAUCUGCAAGCAGAAAUUAUGCACUUGGAAGCAGAAGUAAGCCAACUAGCAAAGAGAGACUCUACUCAUGAAGGCCGACGAUUCCAUACAAGAGAUUGGUGGUCUUUAAGUCAAGGAGGAGAAGGAGAUGACUUGGAGCAAUGGGAGAAAUUCUUGGAACUUAGUGAAAAACUAGACCAGUACAACGAUGAGCUCUUGAAGCAGGCCUCUCUAGCCAAGUUAGAGCAGCCCAGAAAAUACGACCUCACUUUUUUGAGGAGCUGGUUCCAAAGACCAGGGAUGGGAUCAUUUCCUCUUUUAGGUAUCGAUAGAGGUGCAUGGGACACCGACAACGAGAACGAUCUAGUUGCUAUAAAACCUCGAGCUCCACCAGACAUGUUCUCAAGGUGGUUCACAGAAGACGUUGUGCCUCACUACCAUCAUAUUUUCGGGAAGACAUUCAAAACUCCUUUACCAGAGCAUGUGGGCACAGGCAUAUACCAUUAUAAGGAGUCGAGCCUCGAAAAAUUGAUCAGCACACUCGCUACGGUUAUAGCUUCGUUACUGCCGAUAUGCUCAGUUGUCGCCUUGUACAUUGUGCAAUCUAACAGCAUUCGACUUGGAAUGAUUGCUGCUUUCUCUGCAUGUUUCUCUCUCGCUCUUGCAGUGAUGACGAACGCAAGGAGGAUUGAAGUCUUCGCGGCAACGAUUUUCCUUAGAUUCGCUGCAGUUAAUGUUGUGUUUUUGACAAACGGCCCGUCUUAUCCUAUGUAGUAUGGCAUGCUUUGGAGAGAUGAAAGGGUUGACACCCCAUAAAAAAACAUCUAUCUCCUCCCAAAACAUCAUCCUCUAUAUCUGACAUCACUUGCCAUUCACCUUCGUCAUUCCCCCAUACGACACACACGACGCGAUAAAAAUCCCAAAAAAAAACCCGUAAUGGGUAGUUUGGUUCUCCCGCGGGAGUUUGUUUUUUGUUCCUGGGGUCUAUGGAGAUGAUGCUUU